AAAAGCACCAGUUCAGUCAGACACGAACUACUUAACUAGAGUUCUGAGCUACUUCAGCUUUAUUUCCAUUUUCUUCUACUUUUUCUUCACUACAUUUAUCUGAUAACUUUAGUUACUUUGCAGAUUCAGAUUAAUAAUAAAAAAUAGAAUCAACAAAUAAGAUGUGAUACAUUAUUAUACAGAAAGCUACCCAGCAGGAUAUGAAGUCAUUACAACGAGCUCCAGCUUCACCAGUGAUGAACACAUGAAUGCAGCAAUGAUUAUAAUAUAAUGUAUGUUAUUGUGAAAUGGUCCAUUCUGCUCGGGUACUAAUACAACUUCUACUUGUAACUUUCCACACUGUGGCGUUAGCUACUGCUACUGAAGCUGCUCGGAGGUCAGAACAAGAACAACGCGCUCACACGAUGAGUGUGAGCUGACAGCUGAUCUAUCAGCUCCAUCAGAUCUGAUCACAUUCCUGCUGAAUGAUCCGAGGGCUGUUCGAUGCGUUAACGUCACUGUGACGUCGGACAGAGAUGAGACUUGAGAUAAACACAGUCCUCUGUGAUCCUGAAGAGAUGCUGCACGUUCAGCCCGAAACGAAACACGAUGCAAGCGUUCCAGUCUGCUGGUGAAGACGUGAAAACAAUCAGCAGCUUUAAAGUGUGUUUAGUAAAUGUGCAGAACAACCAGCAAAGAUGAUUCAAAGAGUCCGGUCUAAUAUUAUAAAGAGUCCGGUCUGGACCGGCUCUAUGGGAAAUGAGAUAACUUCUGCUAUGAAUUGGCACUUUAUAAAUAAAAUUGAAUUGAAUUGAAAGGACAUUUAAAAUCAAACUGCCAAAACAGAAUUCAUUUCCUUUAAAAGAGAAAUCAUGAAAACAUGAUCAUUGACCUGACUGAGGGAAAUGAACGCAGGACCGGCCGCACGACUGUUUCAGAAAUCAGAAAUCAGAAUCAGAAAUACUUUAUUGAUCCCGUAGGGAAACUCUUUAAUUAGGGUCCACUAUAAAAACAAACGGCUGUAAGUCAGCAGAUGUGUUUGCAUCUGAAACAUACAGUGGCUGAAGUCAUCCAAAAAGCUUAACGGAGCUUCAUUAAAACAAUAAUUAAAACAGUUUCCCCCUCGUUUGACCACAAUACACACUACAGUGCAGUCGCUGCAAGUGUCUUAUUAUUCUUAUUCUUAUUCUUAUUAUUAUUCUUAUUAUUAUUAUUAUUAUUCUUCUUAUCAUUCUUAUUAUUAGUAGCAGUAGUAGUUGUAGUUGUAGUUGUUGUAGUUGCAGACGGCGGAGCACGAGACUCGUGCACAUGCAGCCUCAUCAUCAAUGAGGUGUUUGUAACUUCAGCUUUCACUGUGAGGUUUCAGUCUGCAACAUGAUCUCUGUCAUAGUGUGUUCAUCAUCGUCCCCGGACAGACACGUGACUCUGGCUCCUCCAAUGAGAAAACAUCGCCAUGUUGUAUUUGCAGAGUUACAGUAAGUUAGCAGACGUUAACGUUACUGCAGCUCCGGAUCAGAUCAGCUGUCUCUCUGAUGUUCAACAUCUCACACACUUUUCUGAAGGUUCAGUUGCAUCAGUGCUGUUUUAAACACAAUAAUGAAACGGAUCUUCUGUAAGAAGGGCCCCUGAGAGGCCCCUGAGAGGCCCCUCACUGGUUUACAUACACUGUGAGAAGGAUUUGGUCGUUGUUUCCUCAUGAUGUUCUAACAUACACUCGCAGGUAAAAACACACUUCCUCCCCUGCAGCUGGACUCCUGCCUGAGGUCCUGUGGCGCCACCUGCCGGCCAGGAGCAGCAGCUCAGCCUGCCGGCGCAGCAUCUAGUGUUGGGAAUCUCUCUGAAGGGAGCCGGAUCUCACGGCUUAUCUUAUCAGUUAUCAAUAAAUAAAUAUGCAGGAUUACUUUCAUCUUCCUCUGCACUGAAGUGUUCAGUCAGCCUGAUGGCUGUCCGGACUGACUCCCUGCGCCUCCAUUUGAUUUGAUUUCAUAUAAAACAGGAAACCUGUCUGCUCUGUUCAGAAGAGUCUUUUGUUUGCUGUCAUGCAUUUCUUUCUUUUUCCGCAGGGGGGGGAGUCGACUCGGGGAGUCGGCUCUCUGAGCCGGGAGUCGGCUCGAGGACUCGUUUGCGGCCGACACAUCACUUUUACGGUUUUAGAGCAGCGUCCUUCCGUUCCUGAGGUCAUGGCGGCGGCAGCAAACGACAGCAGCUGUCCGGCUCUCCGUGAGUUUCCCUGCUUCUUAUCUCCCUCAGACACUCAGCUGUUCCCCUGAAUAAUCCACCAGCCCCCCAGUUAGCCUGCUGCUAACCACCGUCCGUCAGGUCCGCGGACCGCUGAUCUUUGAAUCCGGUCAGACGCGUCGCUGUUCGGCCAGCGGCAUCACGGAAACAGUCGGCCGCCUGCGGGAGUGUCUGCGGUGCUGAGUGGGAGGCAGCGGGGCACACGUCCCGCCGCCGCCGCUGUCUGCGCACUGUGGGCGGCCAGGCUCGGCCGAGCGACGGGGGUCAGCGCUUUGCACUGUUUCCGCUUCACCGGGUUUAGUGUUUGAUCUCUGUGCAAACGGCCACAUGGCCCAGAUCAGAAGGCUGGCAAAGGUUUUCCACAGAUUAAACGUACAAAAACAUAGUUUAUUAAUGCAAAACCACAUGUGAAAUGAUCAAAUGUAACUGUAUCAUCUUAAAGUAUGCCUUAAAACAACACCCGGAUGCCCAUAAGGGCGGUCCCUCCUCCUGUCCACACUGGACUGCGUCAUGUGUGAAGUCAUUUCCUGCAGUGGCUCCAGUGGAGGAGACUCUGUGUACUCUUGUGGACUUCAGCAGUAAAACACAUCAUGUGGAGCUCAUGUUACAGUCCUGUGAGAAGGACAUUAACUGUUUGCUUCCCCUCAGCUCGGCAAGGAAACACAAAACAUUUCACCAGGAAGAACCUCACUUGACGACCAGGACUGAGCUGAAACUCUCAGCUCUCAGUUUGCCAACAGCUGACUCAUUUUCCACGGAGCUGUCAGUUCACCGCGGAUUCACCAGGUUUCACUGCUGUGGGUUUUCUAAAGCGAGCUGCACGCUGUAAAUGUUGACCUGAACCCUCCUGAGCAGAGUUCAUUUGAUUCAUUGCGUCGCUGUGGGGAUCCAGCCGGCUGUUUCACCAAUGCCUCGAUGGAAAGCGUUCUUCAGUCAGCGCUUGCGAUGGUCCAGCACCGUCACCCAAGCCCUCGUCCUGGCCGUCAUCACAUUUUGCGUCAUUCUCCCUCUGUGCUGCCAUCGGCUGCUUUACUCUUACUUCUUCAUCAGGUCCAUGUACCUGGACUCCAUGAGUGAGGAGGUCCUGCGUGAAAGCCUCGACCGAGGCCAGGACGCUCUGCACUUCUGGCAGAGCACGUCCACGGCAGCGGCGCUGUCUUCCAGAUUCAGUGACAUCGCCCAGCAUCCUGAGCUGCUGGUUACCGUGGUGACAGCCAGGCGGAACGAGGGGCGGGACUUCCACUACCUGCUUCAGGUGAUGCGGCAGCUGAGCGGCAUUCUGGGAGGCUGUGGGGAGCGGCGGUGUGCAGAGGUGUUGGUCUGCGACGUGGAAAGCGGUCCCCAGGAAAACCAGGACGCCAAGCUGCUGGAGGCUCACUUCAAGGUGAUCCGGCGUUCCCCUCAGGAGCAGCAGAGGAACAGGGAACGAAUCAACACCUUCGAGAAGGAGAAGAGGGAUUACGUCUUUUGUCUCCGCAAGGGAUGGGAGCUGGUGAAGCCCAAAAACAUGGUUGUCCUGGAGGACGAUGCUUUGCCGGCGCAGGACUUUUUCACAGUCGUAAAGGACCUGCUGUCACGGCGGUUUGCCCUCCAGACUCUUUACAUAAAGCUGUAUCACCCUGAAAGGCUGCAGCGCUACUGGAACCCAGAGCCUUACCGCAUCCUGGAGUGGGUGGGACUCGGGCUGGUCGCAGCGACGGCCCUGCUCCUCACCUUUCCUUACUGGAACCCCUGCGCUUUCUCCUUCACGCUGUCGCCCAGUCACCUUCUCUUCUUCACGCUCUACUUCAUGGCUGCCGCGGAGCUGCUGGGGCGGCACUACCUCCUGGAGGUGCGGAGGCUUUCCCCGCAGCUCUACGCCGUCUCCCCGGCCACAGAGUGCUGCACCCCAGCCAUGCUCUUCCCCGGCAACGCCUCACUCAGGGUGGCUGAGUAUCUGGACGGCUCGUUCUGCGUCAAGGGGAACGCCAAAGACAUGGUUCUGUAUCAGAUGGCGAAGACGAUCCCCGGGGAAAGGUCUCACAGCGUGGAACCCAACCUCAUCACCCACAUCGGGGCCUAUUCCUCCGUCAGGGCCAACCCAUCCAGGCCCAAACUCCUCUGAGGACUGGACAGGAGGUGGAGGACAGUAUCAAGGCUGGAUUUCAUCAGGUCUCUCCUGACUUGGUUCUACGUUUUCUUUUCUGCCAUGUCACCUUCUGGACAUCGCUCAGCGAGUGUUGGUUUGGUGAUUUGCAGGUGAAAAGUCGUCAAGGCCUUAAGAUGAAAACUGUGCUUUGUUUGGUUGAAAAGUAUUUUUAGAUGUGAACGUUUCUGCACAGGAAACGUUUAGACGUGUAGACAUUGUGUUACUUUUGUCUCGGAGCAUUUCAAAUACUUCAUAUCAGCGUGUAGCAGGUUUACUGAAAGACCUGACUGAACCGAAAUGCUGUUGAAACAGUUUUAUGUAGCCUUGAAGUGGCAAAGUGUCACUUUUCAACCAAGUUUAGUUCAACUUGACACCUACGCAUCUUUUCACCAGUAAAUCACAUCAACCACUCUCACUGAGCUGUGUUUCCAGUUUGGGACCAGACGUCGCAUCAUCGCUGCUGGAAACCUUCUGAAAUCAGUUUAGCUGACUUUCAGGUUUGCUGUUCAGCUGAGGGGUUAUAUGCUUCUCUACUGUUGGAUUAAUUCUUCUACCUGGGAUCAGGAAACUAUUUAAAAAUAAUCAGAUGCUGUCAGUUUCCACCGUGAUUUGCUCAACACGGAUUUAUUAAUGGAUUUGUUCACUGUUUAUACACCCAGGCCUUAUUAAAACUUAGGGUUGGUGUUCGACAGCAUUUUAUCAACAUUUUAUCAAAUUUCUCUCACAAAUGAUCUUUUGAGUUCAGACAACGAUUUUCAGAGAAGACAUUAACCGGAGAACAGCCAGAAGUUGCCUCCAGUUGCGUUUGUCAUUUGAAUCUGUGAGCGACUGUCAGUGUUUUCUACGUUGGUCUUUGCAAGUAUACGAAGAGUGAGGAGAGACGAAGGUCCGAUAAGAGAUUUGUCAGUGCAACAUGCAUACCAGAGGGGAGUUUUAUUUUGAAGACACGUACUUUUCUCACUGGGUUUAAACAUUUUGAGUGUGACUAUCGAUCAGGCCUUCAAACACCAGGAUCAGUCUGCUUUCAGGAAACUGGAUAUCUUUACCUCCUUGGUUGCUAGGCAGAGCGUUUUAGAAACAGGAAGUUUCUCAAAAACAGUGAACACAUGUUUUACUGGACACAUUUUAUGGAAGUCUUUCCAGCCCUGCAGUUCCUGUCUGUAGUCCUGACUCUGGAUCAAACAGGACCGGGGAACCCAGGAUUCACUGAGAGACUCAUUAAUCUGUGAGGACAUGUGUGUUUAUGAUUGUGGCACUUUUCUUUAACACAGAUUUUUCUAAUUUCAUUAUAUUAACAGAGAAUUUUGAAAUAGUAAGCAGUCAUGUGAUUACACCCAUCUCUGGUACAAUAGAGUACAGCAAUAAUACGCUGUUGCAGAACUGCUGGAGACUCGACCACAGCAGAAGCACACUGACAGUACCUCAUAAUCAAUGUGAUCCACAGAGCCGUGACGCGGCCAGACCUCCGCACUGACACGUGGAGAGUUUCAUAUCAACCUCUAAAGGAACAGUCUGACAUUUUAGGUACAUUGACCGAUAGUUAAGCCUCGUCUGUCAAGCUUUCCAUUUUCACACGGCACAUUUGCAGUUUAAAAUGAAAACGGUGGCAGAUUUACCAUCAAGUUCGUAGUAAUGUUUGAAACAGAGGGUCCAGACAGAAGUGGACAAAAGCAGAUUCUCGUUUCGAGCUGGCGACCGUUGAUUUUAGCGGCUGAACUUUCUCAGGCAGAUUUCUAUCAGCUCUUAGCUAGCUACCAGUUUAUUAUACCGAGUAAUUUACUAAAAUGUCCGACUGUUUGUUUGACCUAGCAUCUCUCUGACCACUCCGUAUCACUGAAUGUGCCUUUCAUGUUUUUGCACUGAACGCGAUUAGAUAACAGAAUAUUACCCAUGAUUCACUCUGGAUGAAAUAUCUCUAAAGUUGAUCAGUUGCAAUAUUUGAGUGCAUUUAAUUAGCACAUACUCGUGUAUAUAAUAGUUAAGUUAAUAGCUGCCAAAGUAAAACCAAUAGGCCUGUGAGAGUUCUCCAGUCUGCCACUAAUGGCACGACGUUACACUGGAGUUAAACUUCAGGAGCUCAAACGGAUUCCUGUUAUCAGCUCUAAACGGCCAAAUUAAGAGUUUGAUUCAAAGUCAAAUGGCAACCAUAUGAUAAAUAUUAGAUAUUGCUUAUUGUUUAAAACAUGGCUGGCAGCACAAAAUGAAACACAAGUAACAACAUAAUAACUUUUAAAGAGACGUGACAUCUUUGGUUGUGGUUUUACGGGGGUUUGCUGGGAGCAGUGGAGUCUCCCCUGGGUGACUGGGAACUGGUCCUGGCUAAGAAACAGUCCUGGCACAUGUACUGAUUAGAUAAACGAGACAGAGCUUUAGGGGGGCAGGUAGGUGGAUUCUGUUCCCAUUGGACAGAGCCAGGCCAGCUGUUCCCCCUGUUUUCAGACUUUAUGCUAAGCUAAGCUAACCAACUGUAGGUUCAUAUUUAGCAUACAGACAUGAGAGUGGCGUCAAGCUGAACAUCUAACCCUCAGAGAGGAAGAGGACUUCACUAAAAGUCAAAGUAUUUCAGUUUGACCUGGCAGAAAGGUCUGACCUCUCGUGACCUCGACCUCUGUCUGGGAGACAUGCAAAGCCAAAAUAAAUAAAUACGUAAUGCUGUUAUUAAUGUGGAAAGUUAAUUUUAUUUAUACAACUGAGAAUCAGUCUGAACAGCCCUGCACUCAAACUGAAUGUUUUUAUUAAAGGCCUCCAAAUGAAAGAAUCAAUAUUUAACUCGUCGGCGGUAUGUUCACUGACUAACAAUCCACACUGGCAUGACACUGACUAAAAAUGAAAUAAUGUACUAACUGAGCAGCUUUACUUUUAUAUGAAAACACGACGCCGACUGAGUUCAUGUUGAUUAUUGUUGAUGAACAUAUCGUCUUUGUUAAACAGCUGCUGAUCAUCAGCUCAUUUAACCACUAAUCGAAUCAAAACCUUUAUCGUCUAACUGAACUGUAAUUCUGAUUUUAUUUUUGGCAGCUCAAAAAGGAUUGUAAAUGCCUGAACAGUUACAUUAUUUUGUAAUAUUAGUACAGAAAUAUAAAAUAAGAGCGUCUGAGUGUUCAGUCCGUGACCUGCAGUUUACAUUUUAUAUUUGAGGAAAACAUUCGACAAUACGAACAACUGCAAUUAAAACAUUUUAUUUAAUUUGACGACUUCCUAAAAGCUGUUUCUGUUUGUUGCUUAUUUAUAUUAUUAUUAUAUCUAAAUAGAAGAAUUGAUUGAAUUUUUAUUUAAGCUUGGUUGUGGUUUGCUUUCUGUCAUAUAUAUGAUUUUAUUUUGUAUUUUAAUCAAAGUCUCGCUGCGUCUCCGUCAUUCACUGCAAUACAUAAAAAAGUUGUGUGAAGUUUGACAGUUUUUCUCUUUAAUGUGUUUUUUUAUCAUUUUCUUUGUAUAUUCAUAACAUUUAAGGGAUUGAAGAUUCAUCUUAAACCUGAUUUCAUUUCUUUAUUUGACAGUUUUUAGAUGUUUCGUGUCUGAAUAUGAAUCCUCCAACUGAACGAAGACAUUUCAAAAUCAGCACUAAAUCAUUUAAAUUCAGUCUUUUUUCACAGUUUGAGUAGACUUUAAUUCUUGACUCGUGGUUCUGUUUACACUGAGACUUUCACUGUUUUCUACAUUUAAAACAAUAAAUCUGAAGCUUUGAAGUCA